AUGAGCGCGACGAGCUUUGUUAAUGGCGUCGCCACGGCCAUGGAGACGAUCAAGAAGCACCCGGACGACUGGCAGAAGCGCCAGGCAGCGCUCCAGGACAUCCAGGACCUCUUCGUGACGAUCGGGACGGCCACGAUGACCGUGCCGCCCGAAGCGUGGCGGCUCCUCAAGCCGCUCAAAGACGUCAUUACAGAUCUGCGCUCGCAGAUGGUCAAAGCCGUCUGCACGAUCCUCGCCAUCAUCGCCCGCGUCUCGCGCGACUCGAUGGCGCCACUGGCCCGCGAGCUUCUGCCCGUGCUUAUCGACGUGCGCGGUGGUGGAAACAAGGUCUGCGGCACGUACUGCGGCGAGUGCGCUGACUUUCUCGUCGCCAACGUCGUGACCAAAGGCCCGACCUUGCGCUACUUUGUCGAAAUGGUGACCGAGAGCCGCAACAAGAACAUCCGCGAGGCCUGCGUCAGCCUCCUCGCGCUCGUGCUCGUGCACUGGAGCGCGGUCCUUGACAAGAACGACGUGACGCAGAUCGAGGUCGGGCUCAAGGCCGGUCUCCAAGACGCGUCGUCGUCCGUGCGCGCGCAUGCGCAUAUCCUCUACCAGCGCUUCACGCAAAAGUUCUCGAAGCGCGCGAUUUUGCUCUUCAACGCGCUCGAUCCCAAGAUCCAGCGGCGCCUCGAGUCGCUCCCGCUCGUCGACGCCAUGCCCGCCAUGGCCUACUCGGCCAGCAACUCGAUCGAUGAAAACACAGAGUUUGAAGACAAAGUCGAGAGCAUUGGCCAUGACACGAGUGACGAGCGCGACGUCGACGUCGGCGACCGCGUCUGCAUCUCAGAGAAGGAGCUCUUUGGCACGGUUCGCUUCAUCGGGGACGUCAUUGGGUUCCAAGGACUCUGGCUCGGUGUCGAACUCGACACGCCGUCGGGCAAGAAUGACGGGAGCAUCAAGGGCGAGUACUACUUCCGCUGCGAAGACAAGCAUGGCGUGUUUGUGCGCCCGACGCAGGUCUUUUUGACCAAGCGCCACAUGUCGUAUGACGGCGGCGACGUGGCGCGCAGCAGCUUUGGCGAGGCGUCCGAGCACACGCUAGGCGAGGCGACCGAGCCAGACGCGGAAGCGGCGGCGAUGAUGGGCGUCCCCGACACCGAGAACGACCCGCCGCUCAAGAAGCUCCUCGACUCGGUGCUCGACGCGCAGCGCGGGUUCCUCGACUUUAUGUUUCUCAACCUCAACGUCGAGAUGGACCACCUCGACGUGUUCCAAAAGUCGUCGGCGCUCGCGAGCUCGGCCGACGCGAUCGCGUACUGCGACCAAGUGCACAACAUUUGCCAAGAAAAGCUCGACGCGGUCAACGCCUUUAUGGAGAAGAUUGUCGAAGCGCAGCAAAAGGCCAUGGAGACCUAA